CUCCCCUCCCCUCUCUCUCUCUCUUCUUAACCAACCUCCCCACCCUUUUUCCUCGCUUCAAAUCCUCUUCUCCCCCUUCCCUUCCUCCUCGCCCCCGAGAAGCUCACGCAUCCCAACUCUAACCAUACGCAAACGCAAGGCUUCAAUGGAGCCGUGCACCAAGCAGUUCCUCCCCAUGCCUCCUCAGGACCCCAACUCCCCGUCGUCGUCCACCUCCUCUUCCUCCUCCUCCUCCACCUCGCCGUCUCACCCCUACCACCGCGCCCAGCCGCCACACCCACACAACCUUCCGCCCUCACCCAGGCCCGUCCCCCGCACCAUCGAGACCACCCCGUUCCCCACCACCUUCGUCCAGGCGGACACCACCUCCUUCAAGCAGGUCGUCCAGAUGCUCACCGGCUCCGAGCAGUCCUCCAAGAACGCCGCCGCGGCGACGACCGCCGCAGGCAACGGCAGCGCCGGGAACCAGGCGGCGAGCGGGAGCGGCCCGUGCCGCCCGAAGAAGCCGUCCUUCAAGCUGUACGAGCGGCGGAGCAGCCUCAAGAACCUCAAGAUGAUCGCGCCGCUGGCCAUGGGGGCGCCGCCGUCGCCGAGGAACGCCUCCGCCGCGCCGGAGAUCCUGUCCCCGAGCGUCCUGGACUUCCCGUCCCUCAAGCUCAGCAGCCCGGUGACGCCGCUCACCGGCGACCCCUUCUUCCCCUCGCCGGCGUCGUCCUCGGGGGAUGCCGCCGAGCGCGCGGCCAUCGCCGACAAGGGCUUCUUCUUCCACCCUUCGCCGCGGGGCGCCGAGCCGCCGCGGCUCCUCCCGCUCUUCCCCGUGAGCUCGCCCAGGAUGGCCGCCGCGUCCGCGACGGCGGCGCCGGCCGAGUGAGUGACCCAAAGCCUCCGCCUUUGCGCGCGCAUCCUGCUCAGCCAGCCAUGAAGUAAUCUACGACUUCUACCAUCGCCACCGCCCUCGCUGUAUCAUCGCCGUCCUUUGGUCGCAGUUCUAGUUUCAUACUGUAGUAGUAGCAAGGUGUUUGCUGUGUCGUUCUUCGCCGGCGCCGGCGCUGCUGUUGUAAUUUUUGCUCCGUUCUUGAAAGGAAGAGGGGAGUUGGUUCUCUUUUGAGGUUGCGACUCGAUUAAUCGAUUAAUUACAGCUUAUUUUCGA